CCCUUCAUCGCAUUCCAUCCAUCUUCUUCCAGCACACUUGAUUGCCUUCUUUCUCUCUCUCAUACACACCCUGUCCAGGUUUUUCUCAAGCAGAAGAACCAAGGAAAUGGUGGCAAUGGACGUGGUGGUGGGGGCUGGCGGAAGGGAAGAAGAGACAGCUGAUGAAAACUACGUGAAGGGGGUAAGGCACCUGUGCGAGAGUGGCAUUUCGAGGGUCCCUGCCAAGUACAUCCUCCCUGUCCCGGACCGGCCUCAAGUUGCUCCACAUGAGAGGAAGGAUAACACUGGUUCCAAUCUAAGGCUGCCCGUGAUUGAUGUGGCUCGACUGCGUACGCCGGAUCGCGGUCGAGUUUUGGAGUGCUUGGAUAGAGCCUGCAGGGAGCAUGGCUUCUUCCAGGUGGUGAACCACGGCAUGAGCAGCGAAGCUCUACGGAGAAUAAUGGAUGUCGGGAGGAGAUUCUUCGGGCUCCCACUGGAGGAGAGAUCCAAGUACAUGACGAGCGACAUCAGGGGGCCGGUGAGGUACGGCACCAGCUACAACCAGAUACAGGACAGCGUGUUCUGUUGGAGGGACUUCUUGAAGCUCAGCUGCCAUCCACUGGAGGAGGUCCUCCCGUUCUGGCCCUCUGCUCCAAUGGAUUUGAGGGAUGAGGCGGUUUCAUAUGCUAAGCAAAUCAAAUCCUUGUUCUGUGAUAUCAUGGCAGCGGUCCUUGAGAUCCUGGGAGUGAACAGUGGCUACCUCGAGGAAUUCGAUGAUGGAACGCACCUCGUGGUCAUAAACUACUAUCCACCCUGCCCUGAACCCGAUCUGACACUCGGAAUGCCGCCCCAUUCCGACUACGGCUUCCUCACUCUCCUGUUGCAGGACGAUAUCAAGGGGCUCCAGGUUCAACUUCGCGGCAAGUGGAUCACCGUCGAGCCCAUUCCCAACUCUUUCGUGGUCAACAUCGGCGAUCAUCUAGAGAUAUUUAGCAACGGGAGGUACAAGAGCGUGCUGCAUCGCGUCGUCGUUAACUCGACGAAACCCCGGAUGUCGAUCGCGUCCCUCCACAGCCUCCCCUUCGCGAGCGUGGUCAGUCCUUCGCCGGAGCUGGUCGACCGGGAGAACCCGAGGCUGUACAAGGACACCGACUUCGCCGCCUUCCUUGACUACAUAUCCUCCCACGAGCCGAAGCGCAAGAGCUUCCUGGAGUCGAGGAAGUUGCCUCCCCAUGAGGUGCGGUCCAAAAGUCAAUGAGGUGCAGGCAUCUUCGGUGGCGUGAGAUGUCCGUAAGAGUCCAUGCAUUGUAACCUAAAUAUUUGUCGGGCAGUAUGUGUGUAGUGUAACUCGACUCAUCGUCCUCUUGCGCUGUACCUCAGCGUCGUAAGAAGUCAAAGAAGGCGGCACCCCCCUCCCCCCCCCCCCACGGAGAGGGCACAGAAGACAGCAUUCAUUUUUGCGUGUAAAAAUCUCCUGAUCAAGUGCACCAGAAAGCUUUAGUAGGUUGAACUCCUACAGCUCA